AUGGCCAGGCCGAUAUUAGAAGGACUCCCAACAGAGCUGCUCAUUCUCAUCUUGCUUGAAAUACCCGAUCUGACUUCUCUCAAGUUCGUCGUGCUUUCAUCGCCGAUUUUCUACCAAGUCUAUCUCACAGCGCGACAGAGGGUUCUCUGUCACAUUGUCAAGAGUCAAUGGGGAGUCCUGCUAGGAGAUGCGAUGGCUGCUACGCGGUCUCGUGGUCUCUUUUUCGAUAGCCGCAAGCACGAAGCAAUUGCUGUGUUAGAUACCUGGCGUCGCAAAGAAGAAAUCAGAAAUCUUGCCUGGACUUCAUCGAAUCGAAUAGAUGAGCCCGGCAGCCUAGAAGAGAUUUUGCACCUGUUGUAUCUUCAUAAGGCGUUCGAUUUCUUUCUGGAAGAUUACGCAAAAAAUAUACCGCAGCCGCCGUGGAUGGAAGACGAUCAAUUGGAAACCUCAAUUCUUCCCAUUGAGCUGUCUCAAACUGAAAAGCAUCGCCUUCUCAGAGCUUUAUGUCGACUACAAACUUAUAAAAAUAUUUUUGGGUAUCCUGAACGCCGAGGCGGGGAGGAAUGGAUUAGGAACAAUUGGGACCUUAAGAAGCAAUCUAGCAAUGAUAGGAAUUCUGGUGAAGAGGCAUAUCGGGUGUUCUUUGGGACAAUACCUCCUUGGGAAUACCACGAAAUGGCGUGUGUAUGGGUAUACUUCACGACGAUGUUCGACCCUAUUUACGAGGAUAUCACUACGGGCCUAUAUGACCUUGUGGAGAAGUAUAGGAGCAAAGAUCCUCAAGAUGCUUGGCAGCGACCAUAUUUUAUAUUUCUCCCUGAGGAAGCAAGGCUUCCUAUGGGGGGCCUGGAGAGCCUCCAAAGUCUUGAGAAUCUUCCAGAUCAGUCAAAGUCACUUGCUUCAAUGGGACCAGAAUUUGUCUAUCGCCUUCUCCACAGCACGCCUUUGAUUCAGCGCGAUAUGGUCAUUCUUAAUACAAAAGACGACAUUUUUAGUUCAUUCUCUGGUUCUUGGCUGUUGGAAGAGGACAAGCUUCCUUUUCUUUAUCCUGCAGAUCGCCAUGCACUUCAGAAUUAUGAGCAGUUUUGGUCAACAUUGCCGUAUAUCGAGCAACCUAACCUUGGGUGGAAAAAGAUGCACUUGGUGCCCGAUACACCCGAACAAACAUUUGAAGACGCGAUUGAUUUAGAAGGUGGACAUGAAUCUGUAUGGCGCCUAGGUCUUGCUAUAUUUGAUGAUGAAAGAUUGAUGGCAUGGAAAGCACCUUUGUCGGAAUAUCGCCUAGGCCAGGUGCCCGAUACUACAGUCUAA